GUUUAAUUCUUGCGAAACUUUCUCAGCUCUUUCGCUGGGUAUUAGCGAAUGAAAUGACUCAACUCAAAUUGAAAUAAAGAUCUGAUUGUAUCUCGAGCCAGCUCGCAGAGAAUGUUAGACACUUCCUGGACUGUAGAAGUAAUCUUGUUUCGCUUUCAGAUUCUCUAUAUCCGUGAGCAGCAAGGAACUAAAACUACAAAAAGCAGAAAUUCCCCUGUGAUACUAAGGAGUAUCACAAAAUACAAAGGGGAAUUUAUGUGUACUUUCCGUUUUCUGCUUAUUUCAACAGGGGACUGUCAGAGGACGUGACUAUAACUAGGGAUUGCUUUCUACAUUAGUUUCUCAACUUAGUCAGUUAUUUCAAGUUUUCUCGUAGAUACAGCUCUUACCAUUUUUUCCUUGUAAGCGGCCCAUUUCUCUACAUUUUCACUGGAUUAACAUUUUUGAAAAAACUUAAAGCGCGGUCUGCAACAUGAAUGACUAUGGCUAUCCCAAGGUUAUCUGCAAUGAUGUACCAGAGAGAAAAUAUCUUUGUUGCCACUGCGAAAACAUCUUGAGGAAAGCAGUGCAGACGAUGUGCGGUCACAGGUACUGCGCUCAGUGCUUGUCUCGACUGGCCAGGUUUGUAUACCUCAUCCGUCAGCUUUAAUGUAACCCAUACAUGGCUUAUUUACUAAAUCGAGAACUGUGGAGAAGUAAAAAAAAAGAAAUUAAAACAUUUUAGAUUAAAAUUAACGGAGUUGAACAAUCUUUCUCAGUUUGGCCUAAAAUUCUUAUUUUUUUCAUCAGUUUGAGGAGAACAUCUACAAAGCAGAAUGCUACAUUACGUAUAGUGAGAGAUAUAUUGAUUUGAGAGAUAGAGCCAAUGUAUUGGUCCGUCUGUGUGACUGUCUAUUUUUAAGCCAGAGGGUAGGCAGUAAAAUGGUUAGUCGGUCAUGGGAUAUGCUUUCUGCUUCUGAAUGCUAGGUGAUCAGCUGUGAGUCUGCCAUUUAUUGAUCGUGUUGUCAUUGCUUUGUCCGCAUGGAUAGUAUGUGUCACACCCUUAAUUUAUGUGCAGUUUGCUUUUGUGCUGUUUGCAUAUCUGCACUGACAGUUCUCUGUGCUGAUAAAUACCCCUAGUAGGUUCAGUAGGUACGAGCGCCAUGAAUAGGAAAUAAAAUGAAAAGGCCACUCCAAGUAACAGACGACAUGUUAUUUUCGUAAAAUGGAGAAAUAAAGUAAACCGAGUGCAGGUCAGGAGUCCGGAUAUAAGUCAAGGGCUCAUGAGCUGCACCACUGUAAUCACCUAAUAUGGAGCUCCAAUGAGGGGGUAACCCUCCAAAAUAUGUAGGUAAUAGGAGAAGGUGAUGUGUAGAGUCCCACAAGGGGACUUUACACAUCACCUACUCCUAUUACCAUGUGAUUUUCGUAAUGUCAUGGUAAUGUAUUAAUAAAAUGUAUGUAAAGAAACAAAAAAUUACAAAUAAUUUUAAAAAGUUACAAAAAUUAAUAAAUCUCACCACCAAUCAAUUCUACAUCAAAACAUUUCCGAUUCUUCAGAGACUAACCCACGUGGCCAUAUUUCUGAUCCAGGAAUUACACUUCCUCAAUAAUAAUAUCAAUUUUGUCCAAGUGUCAGCUGACACUCUUAGCCUAUUAGUACCAUCACAAUAUAGACAACAUUGAGAAUGCUCAAAUGUAAAAACUCCUCCUCCUCCUGUAGCAAUGUGCCGACCUCCUGGUGUUCCCUCAGUUCAAACUGCUCAAAAAUUGUUUGACACAUAACGAGGGGAUGUACCAGGGCAUUUAUGUUGGCAUUAUAAGCAUUAAGCUCAGGUUAAUGGGAGUUAGGGCUAUGGAAGUUUAGAUUAGUGAGAACUGGAGAUGUUUGAAGCCUUAUGGGUGUUAGACUCAGAGACAGUGAGUUAUAAAAGCUAAGGCUACAGGUUUUAGGGAGUUUCACAGAUAUGCUACGGAGAACAAGUACCAGAGGUUGAGCCUGGAUGAGACUGAUAGUAGGGGCAGCCACCGUGUCUAGAGUGCCCUCAGUUUCCUAGGGUUAUGGAAGCUUUGAGUUGUAUUUGUGGGAGUUGCGGUUAGAUUUACAGUUAUGGAAACUAGAGCUGUGAUUUGUCAUACCUACCAAAUGACCCUGUUUGGGUGGGGACAGUCCUUAUUUUAGACUCAAAUCUAUUGGUCUCUCUUUUCUAUCCUAAUGUCCCUCGUUUCUAGGAGCUCCAUAUUGUUGGUGUGUCUGAGUGUAUGACGGAGCUCCACAGCCAUAAUACUCCCAGUAAUGUGUCUGAGUGUAUAACAGAGCUCUGCAGCAAUAAUACUCCCAGUAAUGUGUCUGAGUGUAUAACAGAGCUCCCAGCAAUAAUACUCCCAGUAAUGUGUCUGAGUGUAUAACAGAGCUCUGCAGCAAUAAUACUCCCAGUAAUGUGUCUGAGUGUAUAACAGAGCUCCACAGCAAUAAUACUCCCAGUAAUGUGUCUGAGUGUAUAACAGAGCUCCACAGCAUUAAUACUCCCAGUAAUGUGUCUGAGUGUAUAACAGAGCUCCACAGCAAUAAUACUCCCAGUAAUGUGUCUGAGUGUAUAACAGAGCUCCACAGCAAUAAUACUCCCAGUAAUGUGUCUGAGUGUAUAACAGAGCUCCACAGCAAUAAUACUCCCAGUAAUGUGUCUGAGUGUAUAACAGAGCUCCACAGCAAUAAUACUCCCAAUAAUGUGUCUGAGUGUAUAACAGAGCUCCACAGCAAUAAUACUCCCAGUAAUGUGUCUGAGUGUAUAACAGAGCUCCACAGCAAUAAUACUCCCAGUAAUGUGUCUGAGUGUAUAACAGAGCUCCACAGCAAUAAUACUCCCAGUAAUGUGUCUGAGUGUAUAACAGAGCUCCACAGCAAUAAUACUCCCAGUAAUGUGUCUGAGUGUAUAACAGAGCUCCACAGCAAUAAUACUCCCAGUAAUGUGUCUGAGUGUAUAACAGAGCUCCACAGCAAUAAUACUCCCAGUAAUGUGUCUGAGUGUAUAACAGAGCUCCACAGCAAUAAUACUCCCAGUAAUGUGUCUGAGUGUAUAACAGAGCUCCACAGCAAUAAUACUCCCAGUAAUGUGUCUGAGUGUAUAACAGAGCUCCACAGCAAUAAUACUCCCAGUAAUGUGUCUGAGUGUAUAACAGAGCUCCACAGCAAUAAUACUCCCAGUAAUGUGUCUGAGUGUAUAACAGAGCUCCACAGCAAUAAUACUCCCAGUAAUGUGUCUGAGUGUAUAACAGAGCUCCACAGCAAUAAUACUCCCAGUAAUGUGUCUGAGUGUAUGACAGAGCUCCAAAGCAAUAAUACUCCCAGUAAUGUGUCUGAGUGUAUAACAGAGCUCCACAGCCAUAAUACUCCCAGUAAUGUGUCUGAGUGUAUGACAGAGCUCCAAAGCAAUAAUACUCCUGGUAAUGUGUCUGAGUGUAUAACAGAGCUCCGCAGCAGUAAUACUCCCAGUAAUGUGUCUGAGUGUAUAACAGAGCUCCAAAGCAAUAAUACUCCCAGUAAUGUCUGAGUGUAUGACAGUGCUCCAAAGCAAUAAUACUCCUGGUAAUGUGUCUGAGUGUAUAACAGAGCUCCACAGCAAUAAUACUCCCAGUAAUGUGUCUGAGUGUAUAACAGAGCUCCACAGCAAUAAUACUCCCAGUAAUGUGUCUUUAAACUACAAUAAAUGUGUUUAGAAAUCAGUCUGUGUGAAUAUGAUGCGUUUAUCUUGUUUUAAAUUACAUUAUCAGCAGGCUAUCCAUCUAUAGCCCAUAAAAUGAAAGUGGCCACAUCUAUUACUAAACAGUAAGUUGUGAUGACUUAUUUGGAAACUCAAUGCAAGUAAUUAUUUCCUUUAAAAAAAAUGUUUUUUGUGUGUGUGAAAUACUUUCCAUGUACACAUUUUCUAUACUUCUCAAAGUUUUAUAUGGACAAAGAGGGUGUGUGUGUGGGGAGUGGGGAGUGGGGAUGCGGGAUGACCAGGCAGCAAGGGUUUGUAAUAAGAAAUUGUUGGUAACUUAUUAACAACAAUUUAUGCAACUAAAAUGAAUUUAAACAAAGAGCAAUGUAUCUUAUUUACACAGACUGACUUCUAAAUACAUUUAUUGUAGCUUAACCCCUUAGGGACAGCGGCAAUUGUACACGUUCUGAUCAAAAGAAAAUGUAAACAAACCCUAGAAUUUGAGAUAUUUAGUCUGUUCAACCAUAAUUUAUCUAUUUCAAAUUAAGUGCACCCACACAUAUAUAAUUUUGUUCAUGAGAAGCAGGGCUUUCGUUUCACAUCAAAUAUUUAUAUAUGACACAUAAUUUAAUAUGAAUACACUCUAAAAAGGGGGUUAGAAAUUAAGAAAUGUUAUAUUCCAAGCUCUCCAUUGCAUUUUAAAUGUGAAAACCAUAAUACUGUUAGUUUUACUGUAGUAAAAUACACCUAUUUGAGUUCAGCAAUGUCUCACGAGUACAGCAGUGUCCCCCACGUACAAAUGUAGGGCUUUCCUCUUUUCCAUUUUUGCACACUGAAAUUUGCCAGAUUGGUUUGCUGGGCCUAUGUUGUCUUUGAGACUGUAUAGCAGGCCAGGAAUGAAAAUUAAUCCCAUCAUGGCAUACCAUUUGAAAAACUAGACAUCCCAGGGUAUCGAAAAUGGAGUGUUUCAAGUCAUUUUUAGUAGCCACUUAGCCAAAAACCCUGACCAAAUUUUGCAUUCAUAUUUGUUUUUUUGCAUUUUUCAUAAAUAAACUGCCCUUUUGCCAAUUAUAUCAUCAGCAUUAUACUUUUUGCUGCUCUAAAACACUCAUAUUUGUGUUCAGUAAUGUCUCACGAGUACAACAGUGUCCCCCAUGUACAGGUUUUAUGGUGUUUUGGAAAGUAAUACAGGGUCAAAUUUAAGGCAUGCCCAUUUAAAUUUUUACACAUUGAAAUUUGCCAGAUUGGUUAUGUUGCCUUUGAAACGGUAUGGCAGCCCCGAAAUGAGAAUUAUCCUCAUCAUGUCAUACCAUUUGCAAAAGUAGACAACCCAGGGUAUUCCAAACAGGGUGUGUCCAAUCUUUUUAGUAGCCAUUUAGUCACAAACCUUGGUCAAAUUUAGCAUUCAUAUUUGAUUUUUGCAUUUUUCACACAUAAACUGAACUUUUCCUGAUGAUAUCAUGUUUUACAACACAUAUUUGUGUUCAGCGAAGUCUCCCGAGUACAGCAAUAUCCCACAUGUAUAGGUUUUAUGGUGUUUUGGAAAAUUACAGGGUCAAAUAAAGGGCUUGCAAAUUAAAUUGUCUGGACUCAGGUACCAAUUAUAAUUAAUAAAAUCAUACAAUUAUGUAAAAAUAAUACACACACAUAAAUAUAUAUAUAGAUAUACAAUUUCAUUUAAUUAAUAUCAAAAUACAUGUAGAAUGAAAAUAUGUGAUAUAUAUUAUACUUUGUCAGUGCAAUCAAAUUUGUUAUCAGGCAGUCUCCCGAAGCCGAUCGCCCGGGUAGGUAAAUACCCCGAGGCUCAGAGGAUGCACACAGUUACAACAUUUAAGCCUACUUAAUGUGGGACACCAUAGAACGCCGUAACGGGUUAAAGACACAUUACUGGGAGUAUUAUUGCUCUGGAGCUUUUUUAUGCACUCAGACACACCAAGAAUAUGGAGCUCUUAGGAAUGAGGGACAUUGGGGUAGAAUAUAGGGAUUUGUGUAGAAAAUAGGGACUGUCCCUCCUAAAUAAGGACACUUGGGAGGUAUGUAUUUUUUGCUUUUUAAAUUAGUUUUGUUUAUGUGUUAAUUUUGGAAUUUUGCAAUAAACACUUCUAUUGUAUGCCUUGCUGUCUGGGAUUUUGUUUUUGGGGUGAGGGUGCGGGACGUUUGACUUGCUGUUUAUUUUUGUUUUGUUUUUCAGUUUACUUUCUUCGUUCAGUGAAAUGUUUGUAUUUGUUUUCACGUUGUGCAGACAGAAACUGGCAUAGCCUGUUGCACGGCUUUUAGUUGUUGCACUCUCAUGUAUGAGAAGCUUUGUCCAAUAUUAGGAAAUAUCUUCAAAUCAGUGUUUUCAUAUCAUUAUUUUGUCCUACAAAGUAGGAAUCCACUAUCAGGGUUAUAUACUGAGGUGAGAAUUGCUGGGAAUUCAAACUGAAAUUUAAAUUUAAGGCCAAAACAGUUGAACCAGAAAAAUUCUCCAAAUCAGCUAUGCUUACAGCUCUGCUACAUUCAGGGCCGGACUGGGGAUACGAAGCAGCCCUGGAAAAAAAUCUAUGCCAGCCCCAUAAGUCAUUGUGCUAUGUAGGGUGUUAUAUAUAUAUAUAUAUAUGCAAUUGGAAUAGUUGGCUGCACUCUCGGAUUUCCUUAAAAUGUAACUAUUAUUGAAUUAAGAGAAGAUCAACGUUUCAGUCCCUCUUGUGGACUUUCAUCAGGAUCAUGAUGAAAGUCCACAAGAGGGACUGAAACAUUGAUCUUCUCUUAAAUAUUUCAAUAAAAGUUAUGUAUUAAGGAAAUCUGAGAGUGCAGCCAACUAUUUCAAUUGCCUGGAUACUGAAGCCCUGGUGAUGAACCCGGUCACACAACUUUGAAGUCUGAGUGCAAGGUACAACAGCUUAUAUAUAUAUAUAUAUAUAUAUAUAUAUAUAUUAUUGAUACAUUUCUUCUUUCAGGGUAAUUAAAUUAUACAGUAAAGCAUACUCACACACAGACACAGACAAUCUUACUGAUGCACACAAAUAGGCUCAUUGACAGACAAUCUCAAUGACAAACUGUCACGUAUUCAUCCGCUUAUAGAAAUGUUGUUAAUGACAUUUACUGUCCACACAGGAAAAGUUGUGCCGAGCAGCAACCUAAUCCACAGAAGGGUUAAUGCUGAGCAGCAAUUAUGCAAAUGAAACCUGGUAACUGACUUUGGGGUCAAAGGCCGGUUACAGCCUAUCAGAAAGAAAGGAGGGGUAUUUAGGCCCAGUUCUCAGCCUGCUCAGUGCCCUGUCGUGGUUUCCCUUGUGGUUGUCUGAGAGCGCGUUCCUGUUUAUAGUUUUCUACCUGGUUUUUGACUUUGGCUUUGUUUAUUGACUUCUCUAUAUUCUGGUAUCCUGACUCCUGGCUUUCCUCAUCGCUGUGUCCCUUUCUGUGUUCCCUGACCUCGGCUAGUAUUUUUGACUAUUCUUUGUACGUUAAAUCCGGCCAUUCUAAGGACCGGUAAUAUGUUACUUAUUUGUCAUCCGUGCUGUACAGUUCUACGUGCUGGAUCAAACAGUAAUCCUGACACAAACACAGACAAGGUUACUGGCACACACACAAAUUUAGUACAGACAAAAUCUGAUACACACACAAGCUUACUACAGACAAGCUCACUGUCACACACACUCACUCACUACAGACAAGCUCACUGAUGCGCACACACUCUCCCUACAGACAAGCCCAUUGACACACACAUGCUCCCUACAGAAGAGCUCACUAACACACAGAUUCACUACAGCAAGCUCACUGACACACAUAUGGUCACUACAGAAAAGCUCACGAUCACACUCAUGCUUACUACAGACAAGCUCACUGUACACACAUGCUCACCACAGACAGGCUCUGACACACCCAUGCUCCUCACAGACAAGCUCACUAACAUGUACACACACAUAUGAUCCCUACAGACAAGUUCACUGAUACACAUACAAGCUCACUCACUGGCAGGCACACACACACAAAAGCUCGCACGCUCACUCACUAGCAGAUGCACACACACAAAGACAUCCAUACACACAGAGGCAGACAGUCACUGACACCGAGGCAAACAUCCACACAUACAGAGACAGGCAGACAGCCACACACAUACACAGGCAGACAGUCAAACACACACAGUUACACACAGGCAGGCAGUCACACACAUACACACAGGCAGACAGUCACACACACCGACAGCCACACACACACACACAGUCACACACAGACAGACAGUCACAAAUAUAAUCAUUGCCUCAUCUCAAAUUCCCAAGUCAGAUCUUUCCCGCCCCCCCUCACCCUAAUACACUUCUGCCCCCCGCCCCCAUCGAAUACACAUCUGGCCUCCCCUUCCCCCUAUGUAAUACACUGUUGUCCCCCCUCCCCCUAAUUUACUGCGGUCACCCCCCUCCCCCACUACAUUACUGACCCCCCUCCCCUAAUUCAUUACUGCCCCCUCCCCUCCCCCAAAACAUUACUGGCCCCCCUUAAUACAUUACUGGCCCCUAGGCAUUACUGGCCCUCCCCAAAUGCAUUACUAUUUCCCUCCCCAAAUGCAUUACUGGCCCCUAAUACUUUAAAAUACAUUACUGCCCCCUCCCCUAAAUACAUUUACUGUCCCUAAAUACAUUGCUGCCCCCCCCUCCAUGCCCCAAAUACAUUGCUGCCCCCCCCUCCAUGCCCCAAAAAUGCAGUUUGCUGCCCCCAUGCCCCAAAAUACGUUGCUGCCCCCCCCUCCCCUCAAUGCCCCCGUAAUGCGAUUUGAAAACCCCUUUUCCUCCCUCCAUGCCCAAAUACGUUGCUGCCCCCCCAUGCCCAGAUACAUUGCUGCCCCCCCCUCCCUCCAUGCCCCAAAUACAUUGCUGCCUCCCCUCCCUCCCAUGCCCCAAAUACAUUGCUGCCUCCCCCUCCUCCAUGCCCCAAAUACAUUUGCUGCCCCCCUCCCUCCCAUGCUAAAUAGAAUUUAACUGCCUCCCCCCUCCCUCCCAUGCCCCAAAUACAUUUAACACUUUCUCCUCCCAUGUGCCCCAAAUGCAUUUGCUGCCCCCUCCCUCCCAUGCCCCAAAUGCAGCCUUGCCCCCCUCCCUCCAUGCCCCAAAUGCACGGCCACCCCCUCCCUCCAUGCUUACAAAUACAUUGCUGGCCACCCCCCCUCCCAUGCCCCAAAUACAUUUGCUGCCCCCCUAUCCCUCCCUCCCAUGCCCCCAAAUACAUUGCUGCCCCCCCCAUGCCCCAAAUACAUUAAUGGCCCCCAAUACAAUGAGUCCCCCCUAGCCCAAGCCCCCUUAUUCUUACCUUAAGAAACUGUUCCAGUUCAGUGGGUGCAGUGGGAAGAGGCCGCGGUCAAGCUUGCUGAGUAGUGCCGCCGCCGCGCAGCCGCCGGAUAUGACGUCAUGUCGUCAUUAUCCGCUCACAUCCGGCGGCUGCCAGGAAGUGCCUGUGCGCUCGCACAGGAAACAGUAGCGGCCGGCGCGGGUGCGCCGCGCGGCCGCAUACUCCUAUACAAAAAAAAAAAAAUUAUGUCUUGUGGCUGAGUGCAGCCACAUGUCAAAGCGGCCCCAGGGCUGGCGGCCUACCGGGAAAUUUCCCGGUAUCCCGGUAGGCCAGUCCGGCCCUGGCUACAUUGGCCUUAAAUCUUAAUAUUUUAAAAUACACUUAGAAUUACCCCCAAUUCUGUCUUUCGUGAAUAAAUCUGUAGGACUUCCUGCAAGUUCACAGAUGUGAAAAUAACACCGUGAGGUUUAUUCAUUGAACACUGAAAUGUAGUGAAUUUAAAACUGAACUGCAACACUUAGUUUAAAAUUCUCUCAACUCUGCUAACUCUCCCUUCUUGAAUGCGUUACCUAAACUAUUUCCUUAUUCCCUGGGAAAGUACCUACUUUCUUUUUCCCAUCUGGAUAAGAGAUUACCUGACCUUUAACCCUGGUAGAAUUUUUAAAAGAAUAUCAAAACUUUUUAUUUCCAUUUGUGAAAGCAGCUUUCUCCCUGUGAGUUGGAAAACUACCUGAUCAUUUUACUCCCUAUUUGGGAGGGUACCUGAACUUUUUUACCCUGAUCUGGGAGAGUACCGAACAUUUUACCCCCCAUUUGGGAAAGUAACUAUGGCAUUUUUACCCCUCCUCCCCAGUUGGAAGAGUACCUGAAUUUUUUUUUUCCUUACUUAUUUGAGUUACAAACACUUUAGUGUUUUUUCCCUGUGUACGUAGAUUAUCAGAAUAAUGUAUCCCCAAAUUAAGUGAUUCAUUCACUUCUUAUUCACUCUGGUAAAUUAGUUGUCCCCUUACCACCUACUCAUCUGAAAUCACCUCGGUAAUUUUCCUUUUCAUUGUCAGUUUCUUGUUCAGUAUAUAAACCCACCAACUAUUAAUUUUUAAUUUGUAAAAAAAAAUUAAAAAACAUCAAUAAUUAGAAGUUAAUUGAGAAUCUCCAUUUUAUAAAAACAUUUUUUUUUACAUUUUUAUUAAUUUAUUUUUUACUAGUUGUAGAUAAACAAACAUAUAUAACAGAAUAAGAAAAAUGGAAAUAAAUAUGCGUGUAUGACUCAAUUAAUAAUUAUAAUAAAAUUUCUUCCCACUUCGCACAUUUUAUUAAACACAUAUUAGGCCUUCCCUUCCCUUUUCUACAUAAAAAAAAAAACCCCUUCUGAAAGUUUUUGCAGCAUCAUUCAUAUAGAAACUCUUGGUUUCGUUUUAUGUCGUAUAAAAAAAAAAGAACUUUUUGGUAUUUUUCGUAAGAGUAACCCAGGAAUAUUAAUGGUUAACAGGCUCAGAUCUCACAGGUAAACUCAAGGAGGAAGGAAAAAAUAAAAGCAGAGAUUAAGAAAGUUUCUAGUCUGUGAAACACGUCUCGGAAGAAGUGCCCAUGGACUUACUUUAUUUUAUCAUUUGUUUUUUAACUUCAAUGUUUUAAUAAAUUUGUAUUUGCUUCUUAUCAAUUCAUCCUGUGGAUUCCAAACAUCAUCUGCUCUAACACUAAAGAAGGGUUUGUGUCCCCUAUUAUUGGCACACAGGUUCUAUCACAUAGAACCAGGUUAAAGAGGCUUGUCAUAAGGUGAGCAGUCAUUUGUUUGUUUACUUCACAUCCAUCUUAACUUAUUACACUAGAAGCCUCUGCUUUUAUUUUUUGUUCCCUCCUUGAGUUUAUCUGACUGGAGGUCAGAAGAAGGGCAGUGUCACCUUAGCAUGUAUCUACCUGUGAGAUUGUUGUUUGUGUGACUAUGGUGUCCCUUUAAUGCCCCCUAUACAGCCUUGUUAAAGUGGUAUUGUCACCACCCCAGAAAAAUGAGUACUCCAUAAACAAAGAGUCCACAACCCGGUCAUGAGAUAUAGAAAGAGAAAUAAGGGACUGCUUUGCCUCUGUAUUUCUCCUCCGCCUGACUUUCUUAGACUCAGGGUGAAGUCUAAGUGUCAAUCGCGAUAGCUGUCACCGGUGACGGCUACAGGUAAUUGGCUGUGUCUGUGGAGGAUCCUGCGGUCUUGCGGGAUCCUUCAUAGACCUCAAUGCUGUACUCUUGCACAUGCACGAGAGUACAGCAGUGCUGUUGGCUCUAAAGUGGACCUGCUGGAUCAAAAUGGCUGAUCCCGCGAGGGAAAGGUUCAAGUAAGCAAAUAUCACCUUUACCUUCCCCCACCGCAGUGGCAAUGUCACUGUCGGAGUAAUUAGGCACUGACUGUCACCAUCCGCUUUAAGACAAUUUAUGUUUUGACCAUUUCCAUGAUAUAGUGUUUAUUUUCGUUCAGGAGCUUUACAUGCUAUAAUUAGCUUUAAAUAGAUUUUUAAAUUUUUUUGGUCAAUUUGUGUCCCAUAAUUCGUAUGUAAUCUUUUCUCCACUCCUAACCCACCAGUUAUAAUUCCAUAUUAUUAUAUUUAUGUUCAGGCAAAUGUAUAAAAGCUCACUGUGUGACUAAUUCUAGACACCUUACAUAUUGAAUAACAAAAUAAAAUUGUUAUUUUUUUGGAACAGUAGCACAAACAGGACUAUAUGUCCAAAAUGCCGGGAAGGAGAAGACCCUUCAUCUCUGUCAGAAGAAUGCGUGUUAAUAGAAGAAAAGGUAUGUGGCUUGUUGUUAAAUUCCCUGCUGUUUAUGAUCUAUAUUUAUAUAGUUCCAUAGAACCCAUAAGGCCCCAAAAAUGCAGAGGGUUUUUUCAGAAUAUUGGGAAAUUGUGACACCACUAGGGAAUUGCACAUUUUGACCAAAAUAGCCACUUCUUUCUUCGCUUCUAUUCUGCUUAGUCCUUUUGAUGCUCCGGUGCACCCAUCAGUUCCCAGCCUAUCAGCAGCAUCCUUGUCCAAGGCUUCCUGAGACAAGCCUUGGACUACAGUGGACGUAGAGCAUUCACUAAUGGUUUAACUCCUUGAGAAAAGCCGGUGCCUUACACCAUUACAACUUAAUUCUGAUAAUGUUGUUAUGGUGCCCACAGUGCUCCUUACAGAACUGCGGGCAAUCGACUUUGGCCCUCUACACCAGGCCCACAUGCGAAAGCGACAUAGGUAUCAUUUUCAGGCAAAAAUGAGAAAGUCAGGGGUAGUGCCAAGUUGCAUGCCCACCAUCUGAGGCAUCGACAAACUGGCCCACUACAGGUUGUGAAGCUAAUUUUAGAUUCCGCAAGGAAGGUUACACCCUCCAAAUAGAGAUUAUGGAAGCAGGUAAGUUGUAAUUGUUCUCAAAAGAGAGGUUGUCAAUAGACAAGGAGACAGUUAGGCAGGGGGUCUAGCAAAACAUACCAGAAUCCCAGAACAAAGGCGGGUGGGAGAAUGUUUAAAGCCUGUUUAAGGCACACAGCUCCAUGCAGCAGAAAUUCUGCAUAUCAACCCUAUGGUUUCUCUUCACAGUACAGUCCAGGCUAGUACUCAGGAGCAAUAAGUAGACCCACAUGAUGUGGUAGGCCUUAGGUUGAAUAACUUAAAAUUUUCAUAAAACUUUCACAAAACAACAGGGGCAUGCUUUGCAGGGUGUAUAGACUAAAAAAAAAUAUUUCAAGAAUCAGUCCAUAUGAGCCGUCUCUCUGGAAAUAGAUGGAGCAGAUGGUGUGCUCUCCGGCCGGAGCUGCAUAAGUUGGCAUCCAUUCACCUUGAAAGCCAGCCCCUACAUUUUGUAAUGAUUUGACUUGUUACCUGGGGAGUUAGAUGACACUCUCAGCAAAUGAGGGGCCCUUUACUAAUUAGAAGCUUUUAGUUCUCUUGAAGGCUGAGAGGAGGUGGAGAGUGGAGUCUGGUGGACCCCAGGUAAGAAAUCAAGCGGUUUGACUACUUACAAUGGGAGGCACAAGAGCAGUGUAGUAGUUAUAGUGUCUGGAGUGUUUCUUUAUGCAUGGCUCUGGCUUUGUUAAGUUAACUGGAUCACGAAGCUCUGCACUGUGUGAAGGUCUCAGAAUGACAAGUAGCUUGAGCAGCGAUGCAUCAUGGGAAAUGUAGUUGACAAAUUUUAUGGAAAUCAAGGUUAUUCUUGUUUUCGCUAGAGCUCCCCUGCUCAAAAGCUAUUGGAAAUGUUCACAUUGUUUCCCUACAAAGUGUGAUAUAUGUUCUUACUUCUUUCAGUCCUUCAGCGACGUAGCCAUUAACAAAGAGAUCUCGGAAUUAAAAGUUCACUGCGCGACCUCGGAAUGCACAUGGGCUGGGGUAUUGAAGGACUAUGAUGUAAGUAUGAUGUGUCAUUAUACAAAAUUAACCAUGUAAAUUGCACUAUUUACACCAGGCUGUUCCAUUUUUUUUUUUUGUAAAAUACAAAUACUGAACUCCGAGUUGGCCGGUGAAGUUUAAAGAUGAUGAGGAGUUUGACCCUAUCCCUGAAAGUGACUCACUUUCUGACUCGUUGGGUUCUGUGACUUUAACACCAUGUACCCAACGCCCUGACCAAAUGAGAGCUCAUUCCUUGUUUAAUACCAUUAACCAGAGGUAGGCAACUUUUGGCACUCUGGCUGUAAGGGACUACAUCUCCUGUAAAGCUCUUAAACCCAUAAUCCCUGGCAAAGCAUCAGGAGCUAUGUAGUCCACAGUAUCUGGAGUUCGGAAGAUUGCCUAUCCCUGCCAUAAACUUAUAGAUGCAAGUAUUUGGGCAGCAGUGCUGUGAGUGCAAGGGGCGGACAGGAACUGUGGUGGGUUCUUCAGCAAGUCAACACUCUCACAAAGGCACAAUGGGAAAGAUAGGAAGGCUUAUUACCGGAACUUGCAAUUAUAUAGGUCACAGACCCAUAAAGUGUGGUAUGGUGUCAGUGAUCAAUGAUAACAUACCUGGGCUUGGCUUCCUAGAGGCAUUGCUACCAGUAAUUUUAUCAUGACACGUGCACAUGGACCACCAGCGUACCACAUCACUACCAUACAAGAACUGGCUCUACAGUACAGGCGCUACGACCUCACACCAAGCAAAGACCACCUACCACGCAACACAGCACAGCUUCCACCAGCAUAGCACGACCCCAGCGCAAGCCCAUACAUGGCAGAACAUCACACUCCAGACCCAAACUCUAGGCUACCUAUGCUCAUACCGACAACUAGUGCCCCCCACAGCCACACCAGCUACAUUUCCACUGCGCUACAGCUAUGAGCCAUGAGAAUGUUACCCUCCCAAUGUUUUAAUGUUAUAUGCCAAACGGUUACUAACUUUAUUAAUGCUACUGUUAUUCCAACUUAUAAACAAAAAUGUGCACUUCUUUGCAAUGUCACUGUGAUGAACCUGAUGCUCAAUUUAUGAGUGCUGAUGUGGCACUUGACACAUGCCUGUAAUCACCUCUGCACGGAAAAAUAAAGAAUUAAAAAAAAAAAAAUUUUAAAUUGCAUUUGUUGCUGACAAAGUAGAUUUUUGUAGACUUACAUAAUAUGAGCAAACGAAGAUUCUAAGUCAACAGUCUUUAGAAAUGUUUAAAUAGGUUUCUGAAGAUUAGGAAAGCUCAGUCUGCAAUGUUCACAAAAAAGGGGAAAACCCGUAUUUUAGAAAGUGAUUCCCCUAAAAAUUUCUUUGUUUAAAACCCUUGUUUUUUCCUCUUGGUCACAUGCCAGUGUAAGAAGAAAAACGUGUUGGAUGCAUUACUUACAAUAACUGUCACAUAGCUCGAUGUAAGAUCAGAUUACAAUGUUACCAAUGAGUCCUCCUGGUCUCUGUAUGUAGUUUUUUCCAUUUUAUUUUUGUCUCAAAAAUGUUUUGAUGUUGAUCUGUUGCACUUCCAAUCACACCCCGUGUUUUUCAGGAUCACAGGAAUCUUUGUGAUUACACCGAAAUCCAGUGUCACACUGGCUGUGGUCAAAUGGUCAGACGAAAACAUCUUGCCGACCACUUGGAAAAUGAAUGUCCAAACAAUAAAACCAACUUGUGUCCAAAAUGUUCUCAGAGGAUUCGCCCUAACGAGUUGCCAGUAAGAACGUAAAUAUACAUUUAUUUUACUUGUUAUACAUUCAUCCCUUGUGGAUGCAUUGACUGGUGGAAAUGGGAAAGUGGGCUUUAUUCACUAAACUAAGACAUGCAUCAGAACCAUCAACAUUUCGGGAAUUUGAAGACGACGGGGAAUUUGUUCUUCUUCUACUUCUUUUAUCUAAUAUUCUAUCACCCAAGAGAUGUUUUUUCCUUUGCAGGUCACACUAGAGUUUUCAGACCCACCAUGUUUUGCUGGUGCAGGAAAAGUCCUGCCCAAUAAUUAUUAGCAGUCAUAUUGAUAUUUUGGCAGGAGGAAAAUCAAUCAAUAGAUUAAACAGGAAUCCAAAAGUAGAUGCCUAAUCCUCUACCAUUACUGAUAUUGAACACAAAUACUAUUUGAACCAUAACCACUACAAGGAACUGUAGUGAUGAUGGUGCUGAGAUUGUUCUUUAGUGGAUUUUCCAGAAGCGCAGACAGAAUAUCACUUAUCACAUACCAUCCAAUUGCACGGGGUAAAGAUAUGGUGGACAAAUGAUAGAUCCCUAUAUGUUGUAGAACUCCAAAUCCCAUGAAGCUUUGCAAUUGAAAACUUUGGCAAAGCAUCAAGGCAGCUGUAGUUCUACAAUAUCUGGAGAUAUGCCUUCUACGCAGCCCUGGUGUAAGGGAUAUGUGUAUAGGAAAAAGUGUUGGUGUUACACAAAGUCAGUCGAACUAGAAUAAAAAUAAAACAUUUGAUUAUGAUAAAAUGAGAAAUGAAAUAAUUGUGGACUUUCCCAGUCUACAAAGUUUCCAGGUCAAGAGGAGUUAUAGGGGAUAUUUUUCUGUGUCAUUCAGCCCAAAGACAUAUAACACCUCAUUAAACUUCCUGUCAGGCCUAGAAGUGACACAGUACAAAAUCCUUUUGAUACAAUCAUUAGUUUCAGGUUAUGAGUAGAUUUCACUGGCAUCUAUCAUUCUGAAAGAACCUUUAUAACUUUGCAGAUGAGUUUAACCAUUUGAUGUAAAGAUAGUUUGAGAAACAUUGUCGGGGUUAUUCGCUAAUUUCCAAACUGUCGGGAUUCCUAAUUGAAUUAGAAGUUAAUUUCAACUUUUAGCACAAAAAAGCCAAACUGGACGCUAGUUUGGCCCUAAAGAAACACAAUAGGGCCAAAACAGAAACAUGUAUUCCUGACCCUAUAGUGUUAAAAACACAAUCUAGUCCCCCUGCCUCCCUAAAUAUAGUAAAAUCUAACUUUUAUUCAGGUCUGUAGCUGCUGACUCUGCCCCUGAUCUGCCUGCUUGGCUGACAUCAUCACAAGUUGUGUCCUGAGCCAAUCACAUUGCUUCCCCAUAGGAUUGACUGAGACUGUCAAGGAGGCAAAUCAGGGGCAGAGCCAGCACAAGCCAAAUACAGCCAUGGCCAAUCAGCAUCUCCUCAUAGAGAUACAUUGAAUCAAUGCAUAUCUAUGAGGAAAGAUCAGUGUCUCCAUGCAGAGGCUGGAGACACUAAAUGUCUGUCACACAGUGCAGCACUGCCCCAGGAAGAACCUCUAGCAGCCAUCUGAGAAGGGGCCACUGGAGGUGUCUCCAACACUCUAAAGCAGACAUGGGCAAAGUAGAAAAAUCCUUAGCUGCUUUGGAACUUCAACUCCCAUGACACUUUGCCAGCCUAUGUCUGGAUUCUUCCUUGAUCGACUGAUUAUACCAUCAGUUUCUAAUUAUACCUGUGGAUGCUAAUUUUCACAAAGGAAUUGUGAAGAAUUGAUGAAAAUUGAAAUUGCAAUUACAAUUUUUAGGCUAAAGUGUUCAAACUGGAAUAUGUAUCGUCCUCACCUAUAUCCCCAGCUCAUCCUUUCGCCUUCAGUUUGCAAUUCCUUUAUCAAUUCUGCACAUUUUGUAGUUCAGUGAAUAAAUCUCUCAACAGUGUUAAUUUUGUUGGCUAAAUCUAGACUAAAACUAAAACAAUUCAGAUGACUAAAAUACAACUAAAACUAACAUUGCUUUAUAGUCAAAAGACUAUGACUAAAACUAAAUUGAAAUUUGAUGCCAAAAUUACCUGCCUCUCAAAUGUACUACAAUUUUUUUCUACAAAAUAAAGGAAAAAAAACACUGAAAAUAUCCAACACAGGACAGUUUUAUGAACAUAUUAAAAACAGAAAAUGUUAACCAAAAGUGAUAAAUUUUAUAACAGAAACAAAGUUAAUUUGGGAAAUGUUUCCAACAUCCGGCUUGGAUAUGUUGUCCUUGGUUUAGAAAAUGCCGGUUGUAAAUCCACUCUUUAAUGAAUAAGCUGCCUCGUUUCUUUGAACUGUUUACGUGUUUAUAAAUAAUAAUGUCCUGCGAUAACGAAUAGCUCUGUAAUACAUUUUUGUGUCAUGUGCCUUUUGCCGAAUCGUAACUGUUGUUUUUAUUUACCACUAAAGAGACACGUGUGUCCAAAGCGGGGAUCAGAAGAUCAGAAAAAAGGAAAGGUGAGAGAAUUUGUGAAUAUAGCCAGUAUUGUACCUCUAAUAGGGAGAAGUUCUCUUAUUAUUAUUUAACUGGAAGCAAGAAUGGGGUAGAGCGAUGGCGUAGACUGGACAGGAUAGGCUAAUGAUGCAUAGAAUUUCAGAUAUGCUUCCUGUCUACGGUGUAAGAUAUGCCCCUUAUACGAAGCAACUAACUUUAGGACACUGCAAAUAGGGCAUUCUAUGCACAACUUGCAACAUCCAUGAGGACUCACAAGGGCCUUACACAGGGCUGUCUUUAAUAAUGAUUGGACCCUGGGCAAGCAUUUGUUUUGGCCCCCUGGACCAUGCCUCCCCCCACACCCUUCCACACACACACUGAAAUGCAAUCACGGCAUCCACCCCAAGGAAGUGGCGGAACUAAAGUAGAAAGAGCCCUGAUGCAAGAAUUUUAUUGGGCCCCCCAAUUGCAAGCUUGGACACAAGGUAGAACCAUGUCUGUCGUGCAACUCCAACAAUGCUUUCACAGCUGUGUCUCUACCAAUUUCCCAUGUUUGCAGGGUUGUAUUUAGCACUGAGCUGUGUUUGUGUGUUUGAAUAUAAGUGUGACUGACCGUUUUGCACACAGGAGGUUAAAAACCCAUUUAGGCGAUCUUCCCCUUCCAGAGAUACGAACAGCUACUGCAAUCACCAAUCUCCCGAACAGGAAACACACGAAUUCUCCAACUCCUGAACAGGAAACACACGAAUUCUCCAACUCCCAAACUGGAAACACAAAAAUUCCCCAACUCCCAAACUGGAACCAUACGAAUGCUGUAAACAGCCGAACAGGAAAAACCAUGCGAACAGUUUACACUCCUGGCAGUCGAACUGUAACAGCAUACAAUAAAAUCCCCCCAAGAACGAGACGACACUUCAUUUGGAGGGUCAAGCAGUGAUCUGGUUUACUGGGGCUACCUGCCCGGCUUUUAUGCAGGUCUCCCACCUGGUGGACACUCCCCUAGGGGACCAGAUGGAAGACUGGGAUACAGGACAGACACUGACCAAUUACAGACAUACAGUGUAAAAACAUUCCCACAAUACAUUGUAAUCCCUCCUCUCUAUCCUGGAGAUAAUUGGGAAGUAAUCCAAUUAUCUCCAAGGACAGAGGCAAGACUCCAUUAACCAUAUGGCAGACAAAGGACAAUAAAAGACAUUAAAAUAUACAAUGUUACAUUUAUUACAUAAAAUACACACAUGUAACAUAUCCACAGAUAGCUUAGAUCUGAGCGCACAUUAUUACCGAAUGCCGCUCAGAUCUCACACAUACAGUUCAAAUGCCAUGGAGCCAAAGUCCCUUAUUACAUGAAUAGGCUCCAUGGCAUAGCUAUCUGGGUUAAAGCAUUCACAUAGUUAAAGUCCCGAUUGAUCCGGUGUUCGGCUAAACGACCAGAGCUAGAAGCAGGGAAGGCUGGCGGCUCAGCGGUGUUCGCGAGUAAAAGUGUCCGCUUUCAGUUCACUGAGUCUGGGCUGAACAGUGCUGGCCGUCCGGGAGCUGCAGAAUACCGCCACCGUGCGUUAGCUAUGUGUAACCGCGACCACCCGGUGUAGUCAAUUAAGCUGCGGUUAACCGCAGUUUCUGGGUGGUCAGUUGACGGCACACGCUAGCUUCAGGGAGGCCAAUUGGCGGCACACGCCAGCUUCCCGGUGGUCACGCCUUCGUUAGUUUGUUCGGUAGAUUGAAUCUACUGAACGCUUUGGCAGAAAGGCACGAACAAGCCUUUCUGCAGGGAAAAUAAAGUGUUUUAACUGCCGGUCCAUAGUCUAAGGGCAGCAGGCGAGCAACCAGGCUUCUCAAUAAGCAUGUGUUUGUAUGGAGUAUGUUUGUGUGAAUGUAUUUGUAUGUGGUGUUGAAGUUUAAAUGCAAGUGUGCAUUUAUGUGUAGUGUUGGUUUUUGAAUGUAGGGGUUUGUUUAUAUAUAAUUUUGGUGUUUAACACAGAGGUGUGUUUGUAUGUAAUGUUGACAUUUCAAUGCAGGAGUGUGUUUGUAUGUAGUGUUGACGUUUCAAUGCAGGAGUGUGUGUGUGUGUAUGUAAUGUUGAAGUUUGAAUGGAGGGGUGUAUUUGUAUUUUGUAUUUUGUAAUGUUGGUGCUCAGGCGCACAGGUAUACACACUGACACACAUGCAGAUACACAGAUGCACACACUGACUACAUACAGAUAAACACACAGAUACACACACUGACAACAUACAGGUACACAGGCACAUACACUGACAGACAUACUGACACACACAGGCACAUACACUGGUAGACAUACUGACACACGCUGACAGAUAUACUGACACACACACACACAGGCACAUAUACAGACAUACCGAGACACACUGAUAGAUAUACUGACACACACACAGGCACAUACACUGACAGACAAACGGACACACAUACACUGGCAGACAUACUGACACACAGAUGCAUACACUGAUAGACAUACUGACACACACACACACAAACAAACAGAUCAUGAGCCUUUCCAAGGCACAUACACUGACACAAACAUACACUGACAGAAAUACUGACACACACAGACAUACUGACAUACACACACGGACAUACUGACACACACCCAGACACACACUAUACGACAUACUGACACACACACACACACACAGAUAUACUGACACACACAUAUAUAUACUGAUAAAUACACAGCCAAACUGAUAAACACACACAGACAUACUGACACACACACAGACAUACUGACACACAUACACAGACAAACUAACACACAUACACACAGACAUACUAACACACAGACACACACGCACACAUACUGACACACACACAUACACACACAGACAUACUGACACACACACAGAUAUACUGACACACACACCCUAACAAACACAGACACACUAACACAUACACACACACACACACACACAUAUUAACACACAUGUAAAAUGUACCUUUUUAAACCCACUCUCCAGUUUCCUACCUUUUCCUGGAGGGUGGCUUCCCUGGGGUCCAGUGUGGUGCCUGAAGCUCACUGCUGCUCCUCCUGCCCCCUCCCUCCCGAGCAACUCCUCCUGCCCCCUCCCGCGCAGCUGCUCUCUUUAUGGGAGGUAGUGACUCGUGGCUGUCUCUUCCUCCCAUACUGCCGAAAAGCAAGGGCCCCAGCUGAUACAAACCCAUUGGGUGGCCCUAAGUGCAUGGGCCACCCGGUGGGACUGCUUAGAGGACAGGGAAAAAAAUUGUUGAGGGCAGCGGGGCCCACACAGCAGCUGCCUUGGACCCUCCAGGAGUAACUGCCCCACGUUAAAGAUGGCCCUGGCCUUAGGAAGACACUUGAGGGCUUCAAUCAGAUAAAUUGUGCGCUAGAUUCUAUUAGGGGAGAUCCACUUAUAUCUAGGGGUGUUGCUAUUCAGAAGAGAUACGGUUAUCUGAAGAAUCUGAUAGAAAAAACUAAAGUAGCUAAUGAAAGUAGCUACCUAAAUAGUUUGUUUAAAACUAUGUCAGGAAUACAUGUUUGUGUUCCUGUAGAUCAAUUUGUUUUACGUCGUGAUUUAUACAACAUGCAAUCGUUUUAGAUUAGACUUGGUAUAGGGAUGAUUUUAGGAGGGUAUCCAGUCAAUACAUAGGGGAGAGGCCAUAACAUUUACCCUUGAACUGAAACCCCUGGUCAUUUUGCCACCUAGCAAUGCCCCUUAGUUUGCUAAUAAGCAAUGCCUACAUGUAUGCUCUAAUCUAAUCUUUAUGUUCUACACAGUAUUACGGAAUAAAAAUCUUUCGUAAUUUAUAUAUAAAUAAUUAAUAACAAUAAUGAAUACUUUCGAAUUCUGUUGGUGCCAAUCUCAUUUCAAAAACACUUCAGUAAAAAAAUAUCAAACUGAAUUAGAAAAAUGUAAGGCUACAAAUUCUAAAACUCUUGUAUUGUUACAGAAUGGGCCUGGCUCUGGAAAAGAGAAGUGUGUUUUUUCUCAAGUCGGAUGCUCGUUUAGGGUAAGUGCAAAUCUAAGUCAACUUUGACUGCACUAUUUUUUUUUGUAAAUAUAAUAGUUACUGGUUUUAACAUGAAUAUAUUCUGCAGUAACAGACCAAUGUGGGAUGCGCAGGUCCCGAGCAUAACAUUUAAAGCACAGUAAUAGUUUGAUAUGAUGGGUUUUCAUGUGGACUCGCAGGUCCUGUAUCAUUCCCCUGUACAUAUUAUUGCAUUCACCAAGCUUGUCUUGUCCGGUGUUCUCUUAUAACGGUGUUCCACAUUCUCCCGUUAAAUCCUAGACCAAGGUUAAAAGUCGCCGGCCGACUUUUAACCUUGGUCUAGGAUUAGGGACAGCGGGUAAAAGAGGGGAAGUUUGGGCAUAGGGUUGGUGUGAGGACAUUGGGGUACUGUCAAUGUCAUGCAACGUUCCAGGAAGUAAGGUCAUAGUCUGUCUAUGUCGGUCAAUACUGUAGUUUGUCUGUAAAAUCUGCUCGCGUAGUCGAGAGCAGCCAGUGUGUCCAUGUAUUUAUAUAUGAUUGGUGUAUUCCUGCUGCGUUGGUAUGGAAGUCCUCCAUGGAUCUGAGCUCUUCUAUUUGGGAGAACCAUGAUCAGGACCGGAAUGGCCAUUGGGCAUACCGGGCAAAUGCCCAGUGGGCCACGAUGGCCAUGGGCCGAGGCUGGCAGGGGAGCUCACAGGAGCCCUGCUGUGUGCCUUCAUGGGCCAGUGAUCAAAGAUCUCCCUCACAGGCCCACAGGCAUUGAUAUGCGGCAGGAAGGAGGUAGGAGAGCACUCGGGGAGCUCUAGCCAGUAGUUUUUACGGGUUCCUCUCGUGAGGUCGGAGCGUUGCUGAGGUUACCAUGGCAACACUCAGAUCUUGCGAGAAAGAACUCUAGCCCUGCAGGCUAGAGUUCACUAUCACCACUAAGACCACCAGGAAUGGCAGCACGACCCCCCUCCAUGGCAGCAUGGCUCCCCCUCCUCCCAGGCAAAAAAAAAAUACAUAUUUAAAUAAACAUAUUUACACACACACAGCACACUAACAGCACCCUCACACACACAGCACACUCACACUAACAGCACCCUCACAAACACACAGCACCCUCUGACACACAGCACCCUCUCACACACAGCACCCUCAGACACAGACAGCACCCUCAGACACACACAGCACCUUCUCACACACAGCACCCUCAGACACACAUACAGCACCCUCAGAAAGUCUGGGUGGGUUAGAAGGGGAGGGUUUGCAAAGGCAGCAGACAAGCUGUUAUUAGAUUUACCCCCAAUUAAAAAAUACAUAACUAAAUGCAUGCAUGUUUUAAUUUGGAGAUAUAUCUACUAAACAUUGAUUUUUAUUUAUUUUCUGUUUGGAUAGUGGAGUGUCCCUUUAACCCCUUAAAGGACCACUCUAGGCACGCAGACCACUUCAGCUUAAUGAGAAACUGCUAUGUUUAUGAAUGGGUUAAGCCUUCCCCCAAAGCCUCUAGCGGCUGUCUCAUUGACAGCCGCUAGAGGCGCUUGCGUGCUUCUCACUGUGAAAAUCACAGUGAGAGCACGCAAGCAUCCAUAGGAAAGCAUUGAUAAUGCUUUCCUAUCGACGCUGAAUGCGCCUGCACGCGCUGCAUUCAGCGACGAGGGAGGAGGAGGAGCUCCCCGCCCAGCGCUGGAAAAAGGUAAGUUUUUACCCCUUUCCCCUUUCCAGAGCCGGGCGGGAGGGGGUCCCUGAGGGUGGGGGCACCCUCAGGGCACUAUAGUGCCAGGAAACGAGUAUGUUUGCCUGGCACUAUAGUGGUCCUUUAAGGACACAUGACAUGUGUGACAUGCCAUGAUUCCCUUUUAUUCCAGAAGUUUGGUCCUUAAGGGGUUAAAUAAAAUAAAAACAUCACCUUGAGUUUCCACUUUAGUAUAUAUCCCUGUCACAGUUCUUCUUACAAAGAAUUCAAUUAAAUUUCAACCUUGUUUCUACAGGGAAUCAAAGAGAAGUUAAAGGAACAUGAAAAGUCCUCGAGCUCAGCACACCUCGCAUUGCUACUUUCUGUAGUGGCAGAACAGGGAAGCAAGAAAAAAAAGGUACAUUUGGGUUGUGGCCCCGGAUCCUUUUCCUCGCACAUAGAAAGAAAUAGGUCUAAAUUUGGAUUUGGAUUUGGAUUUGGGUUGGAGAUGGUGACAUUCAUUUUUUUUAUCUGCAGGAUACCUCUCAUCAGCAAUCAGAUGAGCUAGAACAAAGAAUUCAAGUAACCGAGAAUAUUCUCACCGUCUUGAACAGAGAGAUGGAAAACAUGCAUGCGCAGCUCGCGUCCGAGAGGGAGCAAAACGUGGUCAGGCAGAGAAGAAUGAGAGCCAUGGAGCACAAGGUGAGAUCUGUGAGACGUGUUCGACACAAUGGUGAACAUUCUCAACGUUUAGCAAAGAAAUUAGGCAAUCUGGGUUCAUUCGCUACCACUGGGACUGCUGAGAAUUAUCAAGGGUUUCAUAAACUAUAUAAAUACAAACAUCAAUAUGCACCAGCAACAUUGCAGUAACACCAAGGUUAUCGUAUAAAAUGUCACCCUUGGGGAGGGACCCACAAUUACUAACUGUACAUAUUUGUGUUAAUGAACUUGGCAAUUAGUAUAGCAAAAAAAGUAAAGCCAAGAAAGCAUUAAAGGGUUAUUCAAAGCAAUGUGACCACUGACCAGUGAUUUGAAGUGGUUAUGGUGCAAGGACCCUGUAUUCAUUUCAGUUUCAAAUGUUGCAAAAUAGUAUAUUGCUGUUGGGUGUGAACCCACUUGCAGCAGCAUUUGUUAAUGUCAAUUCUGUGCAUGAUCCGGAGGGACAUUCAGUGACUUAGAGUGCUCAGCUGAGUCUCUUGCCUAAUGAAUGACUGACAAAAUUGACAACUUCGCAGAAGCAAAAUGCUAUUCAGCCGCAAUUAGAGGCUUUGAGCACGGCAGAACUCAGGAAUUGGGCAAACCUUAGCAGAAUGGUUUGCCCCCUUAGCAGACAACAGCAAAAGUGUACUCCUAGACGUAUAACCAAUACACUGUGCUGUAGUUGUUAUGAUGCUUGGAGUAACCCCUCAAAUGUGUGCAAUUUAUAUUAUAUGAAGCCCCCUAAGUGGCCACGUGGUACUGUGGAUUAAAACAAUAAAAUUGUAAAUACUUUUUUCAGAGAUAAUUUUUUUUUAAAUACUUCUUAUUAGAGCAGACCAGCAGAAAUUGGCCCUUUUCCAAGCCUAAACUGGAAUGCCUCCUAACUAUUGGAUAUUGACAUUUUCCAUACUAGUUCAAGGGCGAGACCCCUUGGUAUGUAUGGACCUUUGCAGCCCUUACUGAUGACUGAUCGAAGACUAUAUUUAUUUAAUUAACUGUAACUCGUGUUGCCGGAGCUCAGGUAUCAAUCAGAUAUAAAUCAGCGAGGAAGGGAAGCCCAUGACUGUAAGUCUCUCAACUUUAAAAUGGGACCCAAGUAACCAUACUUUAUUAAAGUUUUAUUAUUCUACCCCGGGGGGAAGCCACUCCUGUAAUAUAUACAAGGAGGCUUAAUAAACAAAUUGGCGCCAAUUUUCUGCUACAUAUUAGCAAAUUAGAGCUCAUUCAAAAAUGAGUUAUUAAAUUUAGAUUAAAAUAGCAGACAUGGGAUGAAAAUCCAUCUCAGUUUAACUGGAUUGGAAAUGUUCCUAACGUGCUCAUUUCACCCUGAAUUUUUCCGUUUGCCCAUCAGAUCCUCCUAAUUCACUAGUUAGUGCAUACCAUAACGAAUAGCAGAGACAGGUAAUUUGUGUCCUUACAAAACUGGCUUCAAAUUCCCAUCAUACUAAUUAAGUCAAGAGGUAAGCUUCUAUACUCUUUUUAAAGUGUACAAAUAAUCAAAUUAAAUGAUUGAUCCGAUAACUACUCUUUAACUUGCAUUUGAAAAAUAUUUCCUUAUUUUUUUUUUCCAAUCCCAAGUAAGCACUGAUGUAUUCUUCAUCUGAACAGAUUGACAGUUAUCACCACGCGCUGGCCAUGAAGGAUGUCCAGAUAAACGAGCUUAGCCUACGUCUGCAGGCACUUGAGCAGGCAACGUAUGACGGGGUGUUUGUAUGGAGAAUUACAAAUCUAACUCAGAGGUGUCAGGAUGCUAUAAAUGGACAAUCCACCAGUCUGUACUCUCCAGGUACUAAGGCCACAUAUUGUGAAAGUGUUUUUUAACUGGAAUGCACAUGAAUUUAAAGCAACAGCAGUGGUGUUGCUAGGGAUGGGCUGUAGUGGCCGACGUUCGGGAUAUGCGCUACUAGCGUCUAGUUCUUCUUUAGGUCAAGGAUCAGAGAGAAUGGCCUUUUAUUGUGGCCAGCCUAAGGCACACCUGUGCAAUAAUCAUGCUGUCUAAUCAGCAUCUUGAUUUGCCACACCUGUGAGGUGGAUGGAUUAUCUCGGCAAAGGAGAAGUGCUCACUAACACAGAUUUAGACAGAUUUGUGAACAAUAUUUUAGAGAAAUAGGCCUUUUAUGUACAUAGAAAAACUCUUAGAUCUUUGAGUUCAGCUCAUGAAAAAUGAGGGCAAAAACAAAAGUGUUGCAUUUAUAAUUUUGUUCAGUAUAGAAGUAUAGAUUAAAAGUCAGUAAAAUGCCAUCUAUAAAACAUAUUUACUGUAGGGAUAACGGAUAGGACCCUCCCUACCUGUCAAUAAUUUCUUCGACCUAGAAUGAUAGAGUUCUAUGUAUUAAAAUAUUUACAGAUUUAUUCACUAGAUAAUUCAGGUUGAAUUUUAAAUUAUAUUAUCCAAAGGCUACAUUGCCUCUAAAUUUGAAAUUCACUCUAAAUUCUCAAUUUAAUGAAUAGCCCUGAUGGUUUGUUGGGUUUUGAUGAGCAGAGUAGAAUGUCGCUAAAGGAACCUACAGAAACGAGGAUUGGAAAUGUAAAAGUGACUAUGCUCUUUGCGCUCAUUUGCAUAUUGUGCAAGGCACUCUGGGAGUGUUGUUGAAACUAGUCUCUGCAAUGCUAAUAUCGAUGCAAGUUUAGCAAUAUUUUAUGAUUUUGUGAUUGGGCACUAAGUGUUCUGCAUUCUCUGAUUUCCAGCAUUCUACUCUGCGAAGUACGGCUAUAAAGCGUGUCUGAGGAUUUAUUUAAAUGGAGACGGAGCAGGAAGGGGAACUCAUGUCUCUCUUUUCUUUGCUGUCAUGAAAGGGGAAUAUGAUGCUUUUCUCUUUUGGCCUUUCAAGCACAAGGUAAAUAUCCCACACAGUCACUUCUUUGUCUGACGGAUAGUUAAUCUCUGACUCUCCCUAAACAUUGUGUGAAACGGGAAAUAAAAAAAACUUAAAUUCCCGUGUUAAAAAUGAACAGAAUUACAGUAAUUAGUUCUCGGCUAUGCAUGAUCUCAUAUUGCGUUUUAAACCUUUCAACAUGUUGCCUGUAAUUUAGAGUAAUAUUAUUUCUUUAUAAUUCAUUAGAAAAAUAUGUUACUGUUUAUUUGCUGUGGAACUCUGUGAUACACUCACACACACUGUACAUUACUGUGAGUUUUAUUAUGUUGAAGCUCUGUGAUACACUUUUGCAUCACUCACAUUACAGAGAGUUAGAUUAAUAAGGAGCUCUGUGUUUUCUAAACCUAUGGAUCAGGCUUUGUCACUAUCCCCAUUGGAUAUUUGGGAAAUACCUACAUCUUGGACUGCUGGAGUUUCUUGAGCACUGGGUUGGGAACUACUGAUCUACAGGACACCAGAGAAUGGUUUUUGCACUAGAAUCAAACUAUAGCUAGACAGUAAAUAAUGACUGUGGCGGCCACCCUGUUUGAAGAGGGGUUUCCGCCGCCAGAGAUGUCCCUUCCCCCUAGUAUGAGUAAUGCUGUAUUAUUCCCAAGCAGUGAUCCAAGCGGUAAUAAAGCAGGUAUAGCUGUUCCCUGCAAUCACGAGACGAGGCUCUGUGUUGAGGGUGAAGUUGAACUGUUUUAUUGGCAGCCACAACUGGUCUUAUAUGCAAGACCCCAUGCAAGGGGUUUCUUACUACAUAUUCCAGGGGCAUUCCCCACUGGACUUGAGAGGGGACUGUGACAAAGUACACAUUGUAAUUACAUUAACUCUCAGGUCUAGGGCAUACAUACCAAAAACACCCCAAAAUAUACACUUAACAAUUAGGUACUCCCUCAAGUCCUAUAUCCCCAGGUAGCCUGGAUCUGAGCGCCCAACAUAUCCGAAAAGCACUCAAAAGAGUCCCAAAAGAGUUCCAUGAAUUCAGGCGUUACGGUCGGUCUCUUUCGGGAGUACAAAAAUAUAAUAGUAUAACGAAGAUAACUGUUCGUGCAUACAUUGGUCAUGUGCCCCUCGUUCAGGAGUUUGCUCCCACCGAACGCACUCUUCUCAGACAAAUGGAACCGAAGAACCUGUGGGGUUGGAAGUCCCAGCGGUGUUCGCUCCGUUGAGUGCCCGAUAAUAGUUCCAUACACUUGACGACCAAACACUGCUGUAGGCCUCCAAACAAGAUGGCUCCACCUCAUCUUCGUCCAUACGAACGGUGGCCACCCAGCCGACCGCUUGGAAUAUUAGGGUAAAUCGGUUUGUGAAGGUGUGAAUGAGGUCAAGUAGGUCAAUGAGCGGCACAAAACUGUUGCGGGUGGUCUGUCCAUCCGGUACUUUCUUCGGUAUACGAACCAAAUGGGGUAAUUUGUUUUGGUGAUGUUCGUAUACCGAACCAUUCGAUAUAGAACAAUAAUUCAGGGACAGUGUGAUCUGUCACAAUGACAAUUUCUGAUAACUGUGUAGCGGAGAGGCAGUAUAAUCCACAAUAUCUCCGCUGGGUAACAGGAACAACAUAAGAUAAUCCAGGGGCAUAAAUACAGCAUACAAUAAUCCCGGUAGCGUUGUAGUAAUCCUUCCUUCUCAAGAACUAGACGACACAUAGGCUGGGAGUCAACUGAGGUCUUUAUUCACAGGCUCCACAAUUUAUACAAUUCCCAAUGCAAGGGGUUUCCUGAGUCCUAUCCCAGGGGCAUUACAGGAGUGGACUACAUGGGAAACUUAAUGUACAGAGCCUUUCUCCCAUCAGGCACUGCUGCACGAGAGGGAUACUCCCACUGGAAUAUACCGUUAAGUGGAUUAUCCCUUCGUGCAGCAGAACCGACAAUUCACAUUAAAAUACAUAACUGUGACGAAGUGCCCUUCGCCACUUGUGCCUGGAGAGGACUGCUUGCCCGCCUCUUGCCCUGUGACUAUGGCCCCUGGGAUGUAUUGCCCUUUAAAGACAUGAUUUGGGCAAAAUGGAUUUGUGUUGUGCUGCUGCUGGCCCUUUAAGAACCAUCUGGGGACAUACUGUGGAGUUACUGGGUGGCCACCAUUUCCUGUAUCAGAAGCACAUGGUGAGAACAAUGGAUGGCGGCCAUUUUAACUCACAGACACUGUUUGGACUUUUCAACACGGUGCCAUCUCGCCAGUAUUUGGUGCACAGAGACAUCGUGCAGUGGUUUUGGACUAUACAGCAGGGGACACAUUAUACAGUGAUUGUUUUUCAUUUAGCCUGUAUAUGUUCUGCAGAAUCUGCAUUAAACUGUAUUUUCCAAAGUACUGAACGGAUCUGGGUGAAUUUUGGAUAUGUGGUUCACCCAGAUCCCCCGGUUCCAAGGAUAUACUUUUUAUGGGGUUAUUGCAUGUUUUGGGGUCCCUGUGUGUUUUAUGAAAUUGUAAUGUUUCUGGCCAGCAGAUAAUUGAGCUUUGUGUAUUGUAGAAACUCAAUUAUCUAGCCUGGCCCAGAGGAGGAGUUUUGUGUUGCAUAAAUUGUGAGUUCUGUGUGCCAAUAAAUCAGUCUUAUUCCAGCAUUAAGCCUUGGCUCAUGUUUGGGGGAUUGGAGAAAUACACUCUGGGGAUUGCUAUAAUCACUAUACUCCCCAGGGUAUGAUCACUAAGUUCUGCUAAGAGCUUGUUCCUGCUCUCUGGGGAAAGAGAGGUUCACCCACUGGAAGCUGGAUCCUGGCCUUGGGUCCAGGGUGGGUGGAGACAGCAGAGACCCCAGCGCAGUUGCAUCGCUGGAAGUGGGGUCUGCAGUGCUGAUGGUGUCGGUUGGAGUGCUUGGAGUCCUCGGCAAGCGCUAGGAGCAUCGAUUGGCGGAGGUACUCAGUCGGAGUGCCAGCGUUCCGUGACAAUAACUUUUCGAAUACUUGACAGAUUUAAACGAAUGGACGUUUGGUAGAUAGCUGGGGUCUGAGCACACCAUUCGUGUGAAUACAGCUCAGAUCCCAGCUAAAACAACCGAACGCCGUACAAAAAAAACACAUUAUUCAUAACACAGGUUAAAAAUACCGAUUGACAUAGAUGGACCAAACUACUGAAUGGCCCGGGACUCCCGAACGGUCUGGAAGCCCAGCGGUGUUCGCGCCGUCAAGUAGCCGUUUUCAGUUCCAUGCGCUCGACGACCAAACACCGCUGGGGAACAAAGGAUCCAAGAUGGCCAACCGCCGCGUGGUCGGUAGCCGAACGGCGGCCACCUAGGAGAGCCUCUAAUUACCGAUUGCAGCAUUGUUGCAAUCGGAUAACAAGCGCCACACGUCCCUUAGUGUGUAGGCUAUUGAAAGAUGGUUCAUUCGGUUCAUGAACGGCUCGCAAAGGUGCCGUUCGUGAAACGAAAUAGAAAAUUACUAUCUGCUUUCGGCAGGUAGCCAAUACAAGCAAUACAGCAUGCAGGAUACAGCAGAUUACCAAUAGGCACAUACACAAAAGAUACAGGCAACCCUUAAAACAUAUUGUCCCUGUUUAGUCCAAGUGGCUAGGUUUGCCACAACUGUAUGUUCGUGGAUGUGGUUAUUCACAGCCUUCACUGCACAAUGAGCAUCUCACACCUGUGCCUUGUGCAGUACUAGUUGACUCCACUAGGGGAGCCAAUAUUGGCCAAAGCUGUGUCUGGGUUUAGAUAUAUGGGAUAACCUUUGAACUUUUUAUUGUAAACAGCAGAAGCCAGAUUAUUAGGGCCUCCAUAUCAUUAAACCUUUACAUGUGCCUUUUGGUGCACACAGUCAUUCGGCUCACUUCAUAGAAUAUGUUGUGCCUUUGUUUUGUUUUUCUAAUUUUUUAUUUUAUUUUUUAACAAAAAGUCAUAUGAUUACUUUGAUUACUGCUUGUUAUUUUUUACUCUUUGUUGUCUACUUUUCCAGGUCACUUUCAUGCUCCUAGACCAAAGCAAUCGAGAGCACAUACUUGACGCCUUCCGGCCCGAUUACACGUCUGCCUCAUUCCAGCGACCUAUAGCAGACAUGAACAUUGCCAGCGGUUGCCCAUUGUUCUGCCCUCUUGCCAAACUUCACUCACCCACAUAUAACUAUGUUAAAGAGGACACCAUGUUCAUCCGGUGUAUAAUAGAGUCCAACCCCUAGAUUACUACAAAACAACAUAGGUCAUGUUAUUGGUGGUACAUUGUCACCAGACGAAAACUGGAAAUCCAACAAACAUGUAGGAAAUAAUAUAUUAUAGUUUGUACAUAUAUUUAAUUUUUGUUUUGUCGUGUCAUGUGAUUGUCUAGAUUACGUUUACUUCAUUGUCCUCUUGCGAAGAUGAAGCUGUAACCCAGUUGGUAAUGACAUUAACUGAUUAGGACCGUUACUGUGACGUCUUGCCUGUGUCAUCUGCUGCUUACAGUAAUAUUUAUCAAGUGACUUUAUUUCCUCCUGCUGCAAGGGUAUCCAAAAUACAUACAAUGCUCUAUGGUACAAGUAUGGUAUUAUUGUCUUUUGUUAUUAUUAUCUAUUGUCCAUGUUAUAAAGAAUAAAGAUGUGAUUAUAUUCUUUGUGUGGGUGCUGUAAUACUUUUGGAGAAGAGUUGGAGAAGAGGAUGCAAUCCACUUGUAGACUGGAGGUUCCAAUCAAGGUUGGAAUCCUCGAGAAAGUUGGUGCCUCCAAUGAAACCUGGAGAACAGAAUGGAAUGUAUUGAGGUAUUUACGGUUUCUGGUAGAUAGUUAAAAGGUUUUUGUGUUUUAAAAGGUUAUAGCUUGCUCUGUUAAUGAAAUACGUUCUUCUUAAGAGUCAAGGUGCCAGAGAAUAAAUGAACCUAAAAAUCAACAUUCUCAAUGAAGAACAGACAAAAAGCAAGCAAAGACAGAAAUAUUAACGUACUUUGUCUGGGCUUACUGUAAUACCUCUUACGAGGUAAAAAUACAAGAUAGAAAAAAUAAAAACCUAAUGCUAGCCAAGGUCAGGGUAAAGAACGUACUCAAUAUUGCAAAAGAAACCAGGGUCUGUGUUUCAAAAAUAGAGCAAAACUAAAUACAAGUGAGAUUGGGAUAACAGGAAAACAAUACAGUCAAAUAAAGUGAAGACAAAACCAAUAAACCAGAGAUAGUAAAUGAAACAGUCGUUCUGGUUUAUUCAGCCAUAGAAGUUACAAGUGAAUGAGAGCAAAUUGGCUGCACCUAAUAAUGCAAGUGCACAUGUCUACUCGCAAUUUGGAAAUUUCGCCAACAAGGGAAUGUGAGCAAGCUGAUUAAUAUUUCUUAAAAUAAGACAAGAAAUGCUCAAUGAGAUAUCCUGUUCUACACGCGUCUUUUUUUUUUUUUUAUCUUCGGGAGUUAAGGAACUCACCAAACAGCAUAAGAACUACUGUGGCAGUAGUUGUUAUGGUGCUAGGAGUGAUCUGGUGCUGCCUCAUUGCAAGGACUCAAACCUUAUUAGAAUUGUUUGACUUGUAAGUUCGUUUGAGCAGGGACCUCUUCAACCCUUCGUUUCUGUGAGUUUUUUUGUAAUUGUCCUAUUUAGAGUCAAAUCCCCCCUCUAAUAAUAUUGUAAAGCGCUACGGAAUCUGUUGGUGCUAUAUAAAUCGCAAUAAUAAUAAUAAUAAUUUCUUACAUGGCCACCAUGCUACAGCACCACUACAGCUCAGCGAGAGCCCCAAGCUCUCGUCACUGAGCUAAACCCAGCAUGUGGAGUUCUUAGCUCAUUGGCUCAACUACUGACACUCAGCCAAGGGCUUAGCUCAGAAGAGAGAACUAACAGAAGCUUCUGAACAAGAGCUUCUAUCUCACUGAACAGUAGCGGUGGUGGGCAGCGGAGCAGGCUGGGUCCCUCCCCAUUUUUGAAUGGCUUGACUCCUUGCAAUGAGGUGCUGCACUUCUGGCACCAUAACCAUUACAGUGCAUUGUAGUGGUUAUGUUGCCUGGAGUAUUCUUUUAAUUGGUUUUUAGUCAAGGCCCCCUUUAAAAAUGAGAAAAACUUUUACCUGUGGAGGGUUUUCCUACGAAGAAGAAAAAACUUUAUAAUAAAAUAACAUUGGCAGGUAGACGAUUUAUAGCAACCAAAUGGUUCAAGCAGGAGUUACCUAGAACCUACGUGAGGUUAAAACUUUUGUAGAAGACAACAGAAUAAUGGGUCGCCUCACAGCAACAGUCAGGGCUAGCCUCCGUUCUUAUCAUAAAACUCGGUCUAUCUGGGAGGAAUAUUUAAACUUGAGUUGAUUAAUAUCAGAGCUUAGAGUUAGUCAUCGAACUGACCACCAUAGCACUGACCUUCUCCCCCACCUCCGUUCUUUUCCUCUGUCUUCCUUUUCGUGUGACCCCCUUACUGAUCCUUGUUUGUUGCCUGUAUAUGAAUUUCAAAUAGCGGUGUGGGAACCAAUAGACUCCUGAGCCACAUUCUGCAUUUAUAUUUAUUACUUAUACAAUUACUCAUACAGGCAUUAGGCCAACUAAUGGGAGUUUUGCUGAUAAUAUGUUUUUAUAUACAGUAAUGUAAGAUUUAAGAUGUAAUGUUACAACCCUUUCUUUACUUGAUUUAUUCUUUUCUUCUGUAAAAAGUUUUCAUUUUUUUUAAUGUUUUAAAUCUGUGAGAAGAAAUGAUCUCAUAUUUUGCUGUGAACAGAC